UAUCACUUCGAAAACGAACGCAAAGCAAUAUGUGAUUAUGAGAAUGAUAAGGCAUCGAAGCAGUCUCCGAUCAGUGACACGCCACAAUCACCAUGUUCAUCGUCAGCAUCAACAACUCAACCACAACCACAUUCUACGGCACUAAGGAAAGCUCGCUCUGCAGGAAUUCUCGAGCCUAGUCGUGCUCCAUUCCACAAUUCUCUGCAAAAGGCCAAUUCGAUAAAACCGUGUGUGAUGGACUACUUCGAAGAAUUCGAGACGAAGCCAAAUUUAUUCGAUCUCGUCGAAAUGCACACGAUCGAUGAUAAGGCUGCCUUAGAAGAAGUAUUGUUAGCGAAUACACCAUUCGGUAACAAUGCCUUUUACUUAAUGUUCUCUUUGUUUAAUUAA